AUGGACGCUGCAACCGAGGAAGAUUAUGAGGCCGCUGUAGAAAACAUGAAAGAUAAGUGGGCAAGUUUUCCAGCAGUGAUACAAUAUGUAGAGAACACAUGGAUUUGUCAUAAAACGAAGUUUGUGACAUUUUGGACAAACCAAGUUCUACAUUAUGGCAACACCAGCACUUGCAGAGUUGAGAGCCAACAUUCGGCCGUGAAGAUGUGGUUUGAUUCCUCGACAGGUUCUUUGGAUACCGUAUGGGCUCGAGUUCAUAGCCACAUUGGUAAUCAAAUCAUCGCAAUUCGUAAUGGUUUGGAGGCUUCUAGGUCGAAGAUAGGUCAAAAGUACCGACAGUUGCCACUGUCACGUAUAAACGGGAAGGUGUCUCAGCAUUGUUUGAAGGUUCUCGAUGAGGGGACAAGGAGGAUGAGGGAGCUGAGUUAUCAAGUGCACGAACGAUGUGGAUGUGCAAUGCGUGUGACCCACGGGUUGCCCUGUGCAUGCCAAAUACAUGAUUCGCUAGCUGCUGGGACAGGAUUGUACAUAAUGCAAAUUCACCCUUUUUGGAGGACCUUGGUUAUUGGUUCUGGAGAUGUUGGGACGGUGCCUGGCAAUGACUCGACCGAGGAUGCCUCACAUUAUCGUUCUCUGAUGGAGGAGGUGUUCGAUAGUGAUCUUGCUGUUCUUCGAAACGUGUCUCGCAUCAUUGAAGAGGAGCUGCAUCUGGAUCAUUCUGAUCUCAGAGAGCCUGCUGUAAACCACCGGGUUCGUGGUCGACCAAGAAACAAGGAUACAAGACGAGAUGUAAACGACAUUAGCCAAAGCCGUUAUCGACACGCGCUUCCAGGGCCGAUGUUGCCUUACAUCACAGGAUGGAAGGAUGUCAUUGGCGAUGGGAACUGUGGGUUUCGUUGUGUGGCCGAGUUCUUCUUCGGUGAUCAAGGUCGAUGGUAUGACGCUCGAGAGACAAUAGCGAAUGAGGUCCUCGGUUAUCGAUCCCUAUAUGAGAGGAUUUAUGGGCUUGGAAGACUUGAGAUCAAUGUGCAGCGUAUUCGAUGGGACGGUGGGGCGGUUGAUUCCCGUCAUUGGAUGGUUGCAAUACAAGAUUUAUUUCCUAUUGCGACUUGGUUCAACGCAACGGUUGUUAUUCUUGGUGUAGGCCAAACACCAACUUGCUACUACCCAUGCCUCACGAUAUUGCCGUUGCGGGCAAGAAGGGGGGUCACAGCACCGGAGCGAGAAUUCGCCACUUCCCCCGGUUGCAGGUUGGUGGACCGAGCACCACGACCCAAGUGUUGA